UACAGCGGAAAAUAAAUGUGCCACCUCAAAUGCAGGAACAUGUACAAAGUGCCUUGCUGUAGGUCCAGAGUGUGGAUGGUGUACUCAAGAGGAUUUCAUAGGAGAAGCAACACAAAGUGGUCGGUGUGACACUGUCUUCAAUUUAAUAAAAAAAGGAUGCCAAUCAGAUUUCAUAGAAAAUCCCAUGAAUAGUAUAACAGUACCCAGUGACCAUGAAGCAAAUAUGCAAGUGACACCAGGAACAGUUUCUAUUCACCUACGUCCAGGAGGAAAAACAAGCUUCAUGUUAAAAGUCCGCCCUCUAGAGAAAUAUCCUGUGGACCUUUAUUAUUUAGUUGAUGUCUCAGCUUCUAUGCACAACAAUAUAGAAAAAUUAAACUCAGUUGGAUUUGAUUUAUCUAAAAAGAUGGCGAACAUUUCCCUGGACUUUCGACUUGGAUUUGGAUCGUAUGUUGAUAAAACUGUGUCACCCUAUAUUAGCACUCACCCAGGUAGAAUCCAUAAUCAGUGCAGUGAUUAUAAUUUAGAUUGCAUGCCUCCUCAUGGUUACAUUCAUGUCUUGUCCCUGACUGACAAUAUAGCAGACUUCAAAAAUGCAGUUAAUAAACAAAAAAUUUCAGGGAAUAUUGAUACACCUGAAGGGGGUUUUGAUGCCAUGCUCCAGGCAGCUGUGUGCCAGAGCCAUAUUGGUUGGCGCAAGGAAGCAAAGCGACUACUUCUUGUGAUGACAGAUCAAACCUCACAUCUGGCCCUGGAUAGUAAACUGGGAGGGAUAGUAAUUCCUAAUGAUGGGAAUUGCCAUCUGAAAGAUAAUAUUUACAUCAAAGCUACAAGUAUGGAGCAUCCAUCUCUUGGACAACUUUCUGAAAAACUGAUAGAAAAUAACAUUAAUGUUAUCUUUGCAGUUCAAGGACACCAGUUUGAUUGGUAUAAGGAUCUUUUGCCUCUGUUGCCUGGUACUGUUGCAAAACAGAUAGAAUCACAAGCAGCUAAUCUAAAUGAUUUAGUGAUCGAAGCCUAUCAGAAACUGAUCUCUGAAGUGAAAAUCCAGGUGGAUAACCAGAUCAAAGAUCUGUAUUUCAACAUUACAGCAAUCUGUCCUGAUGGAAGUAGGAAUACAGGCAUGGAAGGCUGCAAAAACGUGAGAUAUGAUGAAGAAGUGCUUUUCAAUGUAUCCAUUGCAAUGAAAGGAUGCACUACAACUGGAGGACAAAAAUAUGCAGUACUCAAGCCUAUUGGUUUCAAUGAAACCACCAUAAUUAAUAUAUAUAGAAAUUGUGCCUGUCAGUGUGAGGACAGUGCAAGGCACAAAAAAGUAUGUGCUGAUGAAACUUUUCUUGAUGGGGAAAAGUCCCAUUGCAAAACCACUAACUGCAGUUCUAAUGAAGAUACAUCUUUUGAGAAGUGCAAGAUGCACCAAAAUCAGCUUGUUUGCAGUGGUCAAGGAGAUUGUAUAGGUGGGAAAUGUUUCUGUCACAAAAGCAAGCUGGGCAAAGUAUAUGGCAAAUACUGUGAAAUGGAUGAUUUCUCUUGCCCAUAUCACCAUGGAAUUGUGUGUGCCGGUAAUGGUGAAUGUGAAGCUGGUAAAUGUAAAUGCUUCGAUGGCUGGGAAGGUGAACACUGUCAGUGUUCAUCAUUAUCAGCAAAACACUGCAUAAAUUCAAAGGGCCAGAUUUGCAGUGGAAGAGGACAUUGUGUGUGUGGAAAAUGCGAGUGCACUGAUCCAAGAAGUUUUGGCCACUUGUGUGAAUAUUGCCCAAACUGUAAUAAUGCCUGUGAUGAAAACUGGAGUUGUGUUCACUGCCAUCAUUCCAACAAUGUAUCUCAAAUUAUACUUGACCAGUGCAAAACCUCAUGCACUUAUAUGAUGCAGUAUAGUGACAAAACUUCAGAAUGUUUCUCUGACCCAAACUACUUUAGAAUCUUUGUCAUAAUCUUAAUAGUAACAUUUCUGAUUGGGUUGCUUAAUGUACUUAUCAUCAGGCAGAUAAUCCUACAAUGGAAUAGCAAUAAAAUUAAGUCCCCAGCUGAUUACAGAGUAUCUUCAACAAAGAAGGAUAAGAUGUUUUUGCCUACUGUUUGUACAAGAACAGUAACAUACAGACGUGACAAACCAGAAGAUAUAAAUAUCGACAUCAGCAAGUUACGAUUAAAUGAAUCUAUCAAGUGUGAAUUCUGAAGACUUUUUUCUGCAAUUCUGUUUCCUACAUUUACACUUUAAAAAAAGUUAUCUUUUUACUUUGUAAGAGUCUUUACUGACUGUUUUGUGUCAUGGAUUGUGUUGAAUACUGUAAGUGACAUGUAAGCAUAUUCACGUAAAGUGACUAUGUUUGAAGUUAUAGCUGCUGUAUUUUUGAAAGAGAAAUGUGCAUUACUACUGUUUCAGACCAUUAGUGUUGGUGUAGCACUUUAAUGUAACCUAAUUUAUUUAGUUACGGGAUAGAAUGUAGAUAUGAAUAGGUGUUUGACAAAGCACUGAUCUCACUUUACAUGUAGCUGUACUGAUGUGCUCUGUGGGAUGGGUAAAACUGUGACACAUUGCUGUAUAUUGCAGCAGAGUAGAUGGAAAUAUGGGAGUACUUGUACACAGAGCAAGUGUAGUUUUUAUUAUACUUAUUUCAAAGUUAAUACCAGUUCCAAUGAUCUUGUACUCUUUUGGCAUCCUGAUUUCCUCUUAGUUCCUUUAACAAAAAAAAGACUGGAUUAAAUAAGUGCUUAGUUA